AUGCUACCCGUACAUGCUUCUGGUCAUUCCCAGCUAACUCAUCCAACUGUGUUUGUGCUCAACUCCCUCUCUCCCAAAGGAACCGGUCUCCACCUGGUCAAUGGACGGCACAGAUGCGAGGGCCGUGUAGAGCUGUAUUAUGAAGGCCAGCUGGGGACAGUUUGUGAUGAUCUCUGGGACCUCGCUGAUGCCCAGGUUGUGUGCAGGCAGCUGGGAUGUGGCCAGGCCAUUGCAGCUCCGGGCAGCGCUUACUUUGGCCAAGGCUCAGGCAGCAUCCUGCUGGACGACGUGCGGUGCCAGGGAAACGAGCUGGCCUUGCAGCACUGCAGUCACGUUGGAUGGGGGAGUCACAACUGCCGCCACCAUGAGGAUGCUGGUGUUGUCUGUUCAGGAACCGGUCUCCACCUGGUCAAUGGACGGCACAGAUGCGAGGGCCGUGUAGAGCUGUAUUAUGAAGGCCAGCUGGGGACGGUUUGUGAUGAUCUCUGGGACCUCGCUGAUGCCCAGGUUGUGUGCAGGCAGCUGGGAUGUGGCCAGGCCAUUGCAGCUCCGGGCAGCGCUUACUUUGGCCAAGGCUCAGGCAGCAUCCUGCUGGACGACGUGCGGUGCCAGGGAAACGAGCUGGCCUUGCAGCACUGCAGUCACGUUGGAUGGGGGAGUCACAACUGCCGCCACCAUGAGGAUGCUGGUGUUGUCUGUUCAGGCCCAGGCGCCCGUGUGCGGCUGGCCGACGGCCGACAUGAAUGCGAGGGCCGCGUGGAGGUGCAGGACGGGCAGCGCUGGGGGACAGUGUGUGAUGAUUUGUGGAGCCUGAGGGACGCGCAGGUGGUGUGCCAUCAGCUGGGCUGUGGGCCUGCCAUCGCCGCCCCGGGCAGCGCUCGCUUUGGUGCCGGCACAGGCCACAUCCUGCUGGACAACGUGCAGUGUCGUGGGGACGAGACCUCCCUGCUGCGCUGCCGGCACGGCGGCUGGGCCGUGCACAACUGUGGGCACGAGGAAGAUGCCAGUGUCAUCUGUGCAGCACCUUAUUUUUGUGGUGGCUUAAUUUCAAAUUCCUCUGGGAUGCUGCAGAGCCCAAACCACCCUGGAAGUUAUCCAAACAAUGCUGACUGUGUGUGGGAAAUACAAGUACAGAAUAAUUUCCGCGUUAUGCUCACAUUUAGAGAUAUUGCGUAAAGCAGCAGGUGCCAGUAUGACUACAUUGAAGUCUAUGAUGGGCCCCCACACUCUUCUCCACUUCUUGGGAGAAUUUGUGCUGGUUCCUUUCUCACGUACACAUCAUCUUCAAACCUGAUGAGCGUUCGCUUUCACAGCGAUUCAAGAUACACAUCUAGAGGGUUUCAGGCCCACUACUCCUCCAUUCCAGCAGAUCACAACAUCGCCCUUACGUGCUUGCCAGACUACAUGCACGCAGUGGUUAGCAGGGACUAUCUCCAGUCCCAGGGCUACAACGCAGAGGGGGUCACCCUGAAUGACACUGGCUGUGAACCGACGCUCACAUCACGCGAGGUUGUGUUCAACAUUCCCUACGACAGAUGUGGGACGACACGAGAGGAAAGCAAUGAUACAAUCAACUAUUCCAACAUGAUCAAAGUUAUCUCUUCUGGGCACAUAAUAAAGAGGAAAAAGGAUCUUCAGUUACAUAUCAGUUGCAAAAUGCUACAAAACACAUGGAUGCAAGUGAUGUAUGUUGCUGACGAUACUGUAGAUGUGAAUGAAAAUCAGUUUGGAAGAUAUGCUGUAAACAUUACGUUUUAUGAUUCCUCAUCAUUCUUGCGGCCAGUGCAUGACUCUCCAUACUACAUUGACUUGAACCAAAAUUUGUACCUUCAAGCUUACCUUCACAGCUCUGACCCAAAUCUGAUGAUGUUUGUGGACACAUGUGUGGCAUCACCCGAUCCUCAUGAUUUUAACACUCUGGCCUACGAUAUAAUCAAGGAUGGAUGUGUCAGAGAUUCUUCCUAUACCUCAUACUACUCCCCCUACAGCCACUUUGCUCGCUUCAAGUUUAAUGCCUUCGAGUUCAUCAACCGCCACGCGUCGGUCUUCCUGCGGUGCGAGCUGGCGGUGUGCCGGCUGGGCGACUACUCCUCCCGCUGCUACCAGGGCUGCCUGAGCCGCUCCAAGAGAGAGGCAAGCCCUGCCCAGGAGAAAGUAGAUGUCAUUGUCGGACCGCUAAAGCUUCGAGAAGGAGAUGCUCAGAGCAGGAAUACUGGACUGGAUGUUUCCGUGCCUCCUCCCAACACGGUUCCCAUUGCGGGUAACGUGCUCGGGCCUCUCACUGCUGCUGUUGCCAUCCUGGCCAUCGUUGUCUUCGUUCUUGCCGGCUUUCUUCUGAGGCCUGCAAUGAAGAAACCACUUUUACAGAGGAUAAUGUGA